AUGUUAAUUUCAAAGAUGGCGGCGGAGGGAGGAGGGAAGGAGAUGAACGAAAUUAAAACUCAGUUCACCACUCGGGAAGGCGUCUACAAACUCCUCACUCACUCCGAAUACAGUCGCCCCAACAGGGUGCCUUUCAACUCGCAAGGCUCCAACCCCGUCAAGGUCUCCUUCGUAAACGUCAACGACCAGUCGGGUAACGGCGAUAGGAUCUGUUUCAAUGUGGGCCGUGAGCUCUACUUCUACAUCUACAAAGGCGUUAGAAAGGCCGCAGAUUUGAGUAAACCCAUAGACAAGCGGAUUUACAAGGGGACACAGCCCACAUGCCACGACUUCAACCACCUCACCGCCACAGCAGAGAGCGUGUCUCUACUGGUGGGCUUCUCUGCUGGACAGGUACAGCUUAUCGACCCCAUCAAGAAGGAGACCAGCAAACUCUUCAAUGAGGAGAGAUUAAUCGACAAGUCCAGAGUGACGUGUGUGAAAUGGGUCCCUGGCUCUGAGAGCUUGUUCCUGGUCUCGCACGCCAGCGGGAACAUGUACCUGUACAACGUGGAGCACACCUGUGGCACCACGGCGCCGCACUACCAGCUGCUCAAACAGGGCGAGAACUACUCUGUCCACACCUGUAAGAGCAAAUCUACGCGGAACCCCCUCCUAAAAUGGACCGUGGGGGAGGGGGCUCUGAACGAGUUCGCCUUCUCUCCCGACGGGAAGUUCCUGGCCUGCGUAAGUCAGGACGGCUUCCUUCGGGUGUUCAACUUCGACGCCGUGGAGCUUCACGGCACCAUGAAGAGCUACUUUGGGGGCUUGUUGUGUGUGUGCUGGAGCCCCGACGGGAAGUACAUAGUGGCCGGAGGAGAGGACGAUCUGGUCACCGUGUGGUCGUUCCUGGACUGCAGGGUCAUCGCCAGAGGUCACGGCCACAAGUCGUGGGUGAGCGUGGUGGCGUUCGAUCAUUACACCACCAGCGUAGAGGAAAGCGACCCGAUGGAGUUCAGCGGCAGCGACGAGGACUUCCAGGAUCAGAUGAUCCACUUCGGACGAGACCGGGCCAACAGCACGCAGUCCCGGCUCUCCAAGCGCAACUCCACGGACAGUCGGCCCAUCAGCGUAACGUACCGCUUCGGCUCAGUGGGCCAGGACACUCAGCUCUGCCUGUGGGACCUCACCGAGGACAUCCUUUUCCCUCAUCUCCCUCUGUCGAGGACACGGACACACACUAACGUGAUGAACGCCACCAGCCCUCCGACCGGCGCCACCAUCAUCACCAACGCCUCCAGUAACACUACGAACGGAAACAACAGCGGCGCCAGCACCCCCGGCAUCAACUCCCUCUCCACCACGUUACCACGCUCCAACAGCCUGCCCCACUCGGCCGGCACCGCCGCCGCAAACAGCGCCAACAAGAGCGGCGGCGGCAUCAUGGACAGCGCCAUCGCCACGGGCGUCAGCAAGUUCGCCACGCUCUCCCUGCACGACCGCAAGGAGCGCCACCACGAGAAGGACCACAAACGCAACCACAGCAUGGGUCACAUCAGCAGCAAGAGCAGCGACAAGCUGAACCUGCUGACCAAAAGCAAAACGGACCCGGCCAAGACUCUGGGCACGCUGCUGUGCCCACGCAUGGAGGACGUGCCCCUCCUGGAGCCCCUCAUCUGUAAAAAAAUAGCACACGAGAGACUGACUGUACUCAUAUUUUUAGAGGACUGUUUAGUGACUGCUUGUCAGGAGGGAUUUAUUUGCACAUGGGCGAGGCCAGGCAAAGUGGGUUUAUUGUCAUCCCAAAACCAAGCCAGCUCUCCCAGUGGGACAGUAGUAUAGCAUCAAUAUUUCUGCUGCUAAAGAACCCUGCAACCCAGAGUCUGAUGCUGCUCUCCACCCUGCAAGCAUUGCAAGUUUUCCUUUUCCUUUACACCCUUCCCUCUCCCCUCUUCUGUUCACGGCUUCCCUGUUUGAUACCCGGACUUAGAGGAGGAGGCGAAACACGGAAAAGCUGUGCAAUCUGGUCACUGUUGCGCUCGUAGUUUUCUACUCUGGAGUUUUAAAAUAUUUUAGUUUUUUUUUUUUACUGUUUUGUGUCAGAUCUCCUCAGACUGUUAUCCUCUCUGAAACAAAGCUUGGCGUCGGUAACUGCAAACCAGACGGCUGAGAUUAAGAUGGUAGAUUAUUUUACUGUCCACCUCUGCAGACCCAGACCUUAUGGAAGAAGUUUAGUUAAAAACUGCGUGAAAAUUGACGUCCAUCCAUAUUCAACCACUGCUUCUUUGACUAGAAUCUCCCCAUUAAUGACUUUGCACUGAUUUUUUUUUUCUUGUUAGCUGUUUUUUUUUUUGUUUUGUUUUAUUUUAUUUUUUUUAUACUACUUUAAUGGAACAAUAAAUAAGGUUGGGGACUGCCUAGUUGCACUUAGCAGAAGGCAGGAUGCUGCAAUCAUAGUCUUUUUCAAGAAAAAAUGGUUUGCACUUAAAUUAGUUUUAUUAGAAGAGAAUGGCUUUACAUUGUGGGGGUGUGCUAAGAACUUACAAAUGGCUAAUACAGUAGAAGAAAAAAACCUUUAUCUAUUGAGCAUUUAUUUUAAUAUUAUUUCAGAUUCAAAUCUGCUCUGUAUCAUAAUGUGUAUAUUGUAAUUAAUUGAUCUGAUGGGGGCCUACGCAAACUACCAUUACUCCAGUGGAAGUUUUGUCAUUGAUAGUUAUAUUUCUAAAGCCUAAAGUAAACAUAUUAAUAAUAUUAAAAUAAUCUUG